GAGUUGCAGAACUUUUUUGCCCAGGGCCUUUUGAUUUCCAAUUAGAAUUGCACUUUUAUUGCUUUCUUCAAAGAUACCAUGCAGUAAACAUGAAAAUGGGAGUUCUUGUGGAAGUGUUUUCGCCAGAUUCUCUAAAAGGGAGAGGUGUGAGAGCAGUUUCAAGUAUUAAAGCAGGAACAUGUGUGUUAGAAGAUGAACCCUAUGUGUAUAUUUUGAAUGAAGAACAAUUGCAGUUAAGAUGUGGCCACUGUUUACGUGCAUUAUCCAUCGAAAAUAAAAGUGAGAUUGGAUGUAAUAUCUGUAAGUCCUGCAAGAAAGUGGUUUACUGCAAUAAAAGCUGUCAGGAUGCAGACAGUAAAGAGCAUCGCUAUGAAUGUAAAGUGUUACAAGGGAAGGCUAGAGAUGACCUUACUCUCAGGCUACUCACAAAGCUCAUCUUGAAAAGCAAGAAAUGCAAGUUUCAGAAAUCCAACCGGUCACUUAAUGAAUUUCCCUCAUCAUUCAGGGACCUUUGUUCAUCGAAACUCUCUUUGAAGGCUCGGGAGUGUACCCUGAGAUUGUUCCGCCGUUAUGAGAAAAGCUGGAGGAGCAAACUUAGAAGCCAUCUUUCACCAUUUCAAGGUGAAGAGGUUCUGGAUACCUAUGAAAAACUGAGUAUCAAUACCUUCUCUAUGUAUGAUGAGAUGAAGAGGGUUAUCAUUGGACAAGCUCUUUACAUCAGAGCUUCUAUGUUCAACCAUAGCUGUGAACCUAAUUGUACAUUUGUAUUUGAUGGAACCAGAUUAACUGUUAGAGCCAUUAGAAAUAUACAGAUUGGAGAAGAGUGUUGUAUAAGCUAUAUGAGUAGUCUUCUACCAACCAGUCUAAGACAAGAUAAGUUAAGAUCAACUUAUGGAUUCAUUUGCCAGUGCCCUCGUUGUUUGGAUAUUGAAAGGGACAAUCUUAUGUUGUGCAUCAAAUGUCCAAAUGAAAACUGUUUUGGUCCUGUUCUUCCUAACCAAGAUGGACUCUUCCAGACAUGCAAUAACUGUAAUACUGAAGUAACUUCAACGGAACAUUCCACUGCAGUGAGUAGGGUGGAAGCCUUUUCAGAGGGAGUGCUAGAGGAAGUUAAAAAAGUUCACAGAGACACAGUGGAAUCCAACUCCAACUCAGAAAAUGACAAUCGUCUUGUAGUGAUCUUGAAGCAGUGCCUUAAGGAGCAAUCUAGUCUCCUUCACCAGACCCAUCAUUGUGUGAUGAGGGUCCGUCUGGAGAUCAUGGAUGCAUGCUCUUACUACGGCCAUUGGAAAGAGGCCUUAGAAGCUAGCAAAGGUCUACUUGAUGUGUUAAGGUUACAUUUGAGUAGAGAAGAUCCUUAUAUUGCUUUUUAUCUUUUGAAAGUGAGCAUCAUCCAUCGUAACCUUGGAGAAACAAACAAGACAUAUGAGCUCUUAGAACAGGCCAUACCAUUGCUUGAGACUGCAUAUGGUGACAAUCAUCUUGUUACACAACAUGCCAAAGAACUUCAACUCCAGUCUUCCCAAGAACUUCACACAUUGACCUUCUCAACAUUCACCAAAGAUGCUCUUCAAAUCCACCCAACAGAGUCAUUAUCUCAAGCAAUCAGAAUAUUAUUGUCAUGGGACCUGCUGUGAUUGCUCCCCAU